AAAAUUAGAUCACACUGUAGCUAAAUAUGAAAAUCUUUAUUUUAGUUGUUGGUUGAAAAUAUAAUCUGUAUUUUAACAUCAGCAGCAAUGUAUGAACAGAACCUCUAUAGUAUGGGAGCAAAGAAAAUCGGAGUCACAACUCUGCCACCAACGGGUUGUUUGCCAGCAGCCAUUACUUUGUUUGGUAGAGGAAGCAAUCAAUGUGUUGCUAGAUUGAACCAAGAUGCUGUUUUCUUCAAUAGCAAGCUCAACAGGACAUCAGGAUUCUUUGAAUCAAGGAGAGCUUGUUGUGGGACUGGUACGAUAGAGACAUCAUUCCUUUGCAAUGUCAGGUCAAUAGGGACAUGCUCCAAUGCCACACAGUACGUCUUUUGGGACGGAUUCCAUCCCUCUGAAGCAGCUAAUGAGAAAUUAGCUCAAAGUCUGCUGCAGCAGGGCUUUGAUCUCAUCUCUUAAUGCCUGAAAGCUGCGGAAAUCGUCUACUUUUCUAGUUCAGUCAUUUAGUGAUACUGUUCUAUAGUUGCUGUUGGAGUUGCAUCAAGUUUAAGCUAUAUAUUAUGUCUUGUGAAGUAGUAGUUAUAACUAUUUAAGGGGCUGCUGAUAGCCUUCCUAAGUUCAUAUACGUUUUCCAAGAUUUUACCUACU